GUGUUUGUCCACUAAUGCCUUCAAAGACCUCGAAUUGUGUGUUUGGAAGCCGGCGGCAGCGUCCGCGACCGUUAGUUGCGUGCCGACCGCCGACGCGAGCGUACGUCACCCACGGACAUUCCUACACCCUUCGAGAAACCCCCCGACACGAAAAAGUUGCAUCCAGUGAACAAACAGAGUUGUUGUGUCAGUGUUGUAUUGUAUAGGAGCGUGAUGUUUGUCUGUGCCAGACCACUUUGGUAGUCUGUUCGCGGCAAUGGCAGUCUCGUCGUGGAGGUGUGUGUAAACAUCAACGUAGUGCAAAUAAAAUGUGCGACAAGUGCAAACGGGUGCAGACCUCUGUGUAUGUAGCUAGUGUAUCGCGAGGGACGUGUGAGGGUAACAGUUAAGAGCAUGUGCGCGUGAGUUUGACCACGACGUCGGACUAUUCGGAGUGGGAGGCGCUGGCGACCGCGGCCAGCGAUGGUAUGGACGUUGUAUUCGGGAAUGAGAGCGACUGGGGGUGGAACGCGACCGACGAGGGGGAGAGUACGAACCUAUACAACUACUGGGCAUGGAGCAUCGUGGACGGCUCGCUGAUGCUGCUCAUCGUGAGUGGGAACACACUGACGAUACUGGCGGUGACGCUGAGCCGGCGGCUGUCGUCGCUCGUCUCCAACCAGUUCGUGCUCAACCUAGCCAUAUCCGACCUGAUGGUGGGCCUCACGCUGCCUUACCAUUUGGUUUUCUACUUGAACGAUGACUUUGGCACAAUCAAAUGGUCGUGUUUGAUGCGCUUUAUUCUCAUAAUCCUAGCGUGUCUCGCGUCCAUUUACAACAUUAUAGCGAUAGCAGUUGACAGGUACAUAGCGAUAGUGCACCCGCUCCACUACAGCCGGUACAUGACCAAGCUGGUGACGCGGUUGCUGAUGAGCGCCACGUGGUCGGUCGCCGUCUGCAUCAGCUGCAUCCCCGUGUUCUGGAACGACUGGCACGAAGGAGUAGCUUGCGAGAUGAAUAUGGUGGUGCCCAAGAAAUACACGACGAGUAUACUGGCGCCGAUGUUCUCCUUGAUCUGGAUGGUGAUGUUCAUCUUGUACUGGCGGAUAUGGCGCGAGGCCACCUGCCAUGCUCGCCGCAUGAGGGCCAACACCUGCUGCCCAACAGGGGCCAACGAUUGGAAGAGCAUACAGGUGGUGCUUCUAGUCCUCGGGUCCUUCUCAAUAUGUUGGAUGCCGUUCGUGGUGGUGGCGUGUGCACAGACGUUCCCCAUCAUGCCGCUGCACAAUCACAUAGCGUACCGUGUCACCUCGUCGCUGGCUAUGUCUAACUCCGGCAUAAAUCCACUCAUCUACGCGUGGAAAAAUGCAGGCUUUCGUGCCGCUUUUGCAAAGUUACUACGGUGCAAGAGACCGGACACGUCCGAGUAUAGAGGAUCCCCGGCCCCGGAAAGGAAGCGAGGCUCGGUGGCACUGAGAGAAGGCUCUAUCACGCGGUCGAGCGCGCCGAGUGCGCUGUCCAGCCUGGGUGGGCGGCCGGCGCGGCUGCUGUACAUGGAGCACGAUGCUGACACAGCGCGCUGCCGCAUCAUCGAGAACGCGGGCUACGUGGAGGCGGAGCGCGGCGACACCAACCCGUCGUACGCGCCCGACGGGCCCACGCCAGUGCACCGGCCCGCCACUCGCGCAGACUUAGUGUAGUGUACAAACGAUCAUUAGACGUUUUGUGGGAAACGUGAAACGCUUCUAGUUAUUUAAAGUUGUUAGUGACUGUAGGUACCCCCUUCGCAUUUAGGUACCUGUUCGAAUCUACGCUCAAGUUUUUAAAAGCUUUAUUGUUGAAUUUUUAUUGAGAGAUUAUAAUGAGUUCUCUGCCAUAAUGACGUUUUAAAAGAG